UCAAUUUGAGUCAAUUCAUAAUUUUAUUCUAUUGUCAAUAGUACAGUAAUCUCAUGAAAGUUUAGUAAGAAAAUGGGUUUAUUACUGAUUGAGAAAUAUUUACAUUGUAAUUUUAUAGUAACUAGGGAGUGUGUUUUAUAAAUAAAUAAUGUAAACUAUAGUUAUUACAAUAUUACUUCGCAUACUCUAAAUAAGCAAUAAAUCUUACGUUUUCUUCUAUAUCCUUAUUAAUUUAAUAUUAUCAAGAUGGAAUUUUCGUCAAUAAUAGGAUUGCCGCAAUAUUUGAAAUACAAAAAUGUGUGAUAAGUUUUAAAGUGGAAAUAUGGCAAGGGACGGCGAUCUCCCUACAAUAUUUAAUCCGAAACGAGUUCGCGCGCCUUCGGUCAUAAUUACCAGCGAGGAAGUGGAAUCGGAGCAGGGAGGUAGUGGUGAUGUUGAGAGAGCAAAUGGACCACCAACACCUCUCAGUCCCCGAGCCCCUCUUACACCACAGACUUCGAUAUCAUCAGCUCCACCCUUAACAACUCAGCCUUCUCUUCAACAAGCCUACAGUGAGUCAGCGACAAGUAGUCAAGACGAAGAGCGACAGUUACGUGAUAAAAGAUGCCCGCGAUGUUGUUCGAAAUUUGCAAAGAAGAUAUACUAUGGGCUUUGUGUGACUUUAAUACUGGUAGUUGCAUGGGUUGCGGUGACCCACUGUAUAAAACAUAUGUACAUGCAAGAGUACCCAUUGGAUCAUGAUGCACCGCAGAGCGCAGACCCUUCCACAUACAACUUUACAUCUAAAAUCCCAACAAAUUUGUACAACGCACCAUUCUUCACUGCGUGGUUCUGCACAAACUGGCUGAUCCUGUUCUACCCGCUCUAUCUGAUUGUAAUGCUCAUACACAACAAGUGCAAAUCGGCUCAUGAUAUAGUAUUUGAUGCUUUUAGUGACUUCAAAGAGAAGGGAUUUACAUUUGCCCGUUUCCUGAGCCGCUGCGCCUUGUUCUGCCUACUGUGGGUGCUCAGUGUGUACAUGUAUACCUACGCACUGCGGAUACUGCUGGCCACGGACGUGGUCGCACUCUUUGCCACCAACGUCUCCUGCAUCUACCUCCUCUCCUGGGUGAUACUGCAUGAGCAAUUCGUCGGCGUGAGGAUAGUGGCGGCGAUCCUGUGCGACACUGGCAUCGCGCUGCUGGCGUACAUGGACGGCAUCACAGGCAGCUCCACGCUGGGCGGGGUAGUCCUCGCCGCAUGCGCAGCCGCGGGAUUCGCUAUAUUCAAGGUGUUGUUUAGAAAAGUGAUGGGCGAGGUGAACUCUGGGCAGCGCGCCCUGUUCUUCUCUAUCGUGGGCAGUGUGAACGCGCUGCUGCUGUGGCCGGUCUGCCUGGCGCUGUACCUGACGGGCUCGGAGCUGCUGCCGGCGCACCGCAUGCCCUGGCUGCACCUCCUGCUGGCCAGCGUCGCCCUCCUAGUGUUCCACUUGGUGUUUCAAUUCGGCAACAUCAUGACGUACAAUAUAUUCGUCUCACUCGGCCUCAUCACAGCUGUACCUGUUUCUGCAGCGCUGGACGUGGUGAUGUACGGGGCGCAGUUCGCUGGCAUGAAGCUGGCUGGCAUCAUCCUGAUCGCGGUCGGCUUCUUCCUCGUCAUGCUCCCCGACAACUGGCCUGAUUACAUCAUGCGACUGCUCAGAUGGAGUCGUCGACGUCAGCGCGGCCAGCCGGGGUCGGGUAGAAACCGCGACGCGAUGGACUACCGCACCGGCUACAUCCGCUCGCAUCUGCGCUCCCCCUCCGGCCGCGUCAGGUGACCGCCCUCCCCCUCCCACACACACCAACACUCCCCCACACACCUACAUUCCCCCACACACACACUCCCCCCACACACACCUAAACUCCCCCCAACACACUCGCAACAUCUUACAGGCAUCGUUAAUAACCAAAGAGAUUCAAUAAACAUAUAGAGUAAGCAUAGUUGACACUUGACACAUUUUUAUCAAUAACGCCAUCUGUUGACAACCUCGAAACCACAUGUCAAUAUUAUUUGUAUCUUAUUUAAUUGUUAGGUAUUUGAUUUUGUGACAAUAUUUAGUUUAUUUUAUAACAAA